AUGUCUGACAGCGAGAAACCGCCGUCUACUUUCCCUCAGCCCGACGAGUUCGACUCGGACCCGCGAGUCUCCUUCUCGAAGCUUGACAACAAGUACAUACUGGAAACAGACAAUGGCGAGGAAUACACUUAUGAUGACGCUCUGAAGAGAUGGAUACCCUCGCUGGACGAGUCCUUGAUGGAACAACAGAGACAGGCGUACAAGAUGCAGGGGGUCGACGAGGAAGAGCCUGCGAAUCUCAAGACCCUCCAGGAGAAAAAGAAGAAGCGGAAACAUAAUGAUGAAUCAACUACCGCCCAGAAACCCAAGAAACCGCGUGUUAAUACCGCCGUAUACGUAACUGCCAUCCCUCUAGAUGCCACUGUAUCUGAGAUCAGCUCUCUCUUCAGCAAAUGCGGCGUUAUCGCAGAGGAAAUCGACAGCGGAAAGCCACGCAUAAAGAUGUAUACAGACGAACAGGGUGCGUUUAAAGGCGAUGCACUCGUCGUAUAUUUUCGUCCCGAAUCCGUCAACCUCGCUAUUCAGAUGCUGGACGAUACCGAUUUCCGGUUUGGCGAGAAGGGCACGGAGGGUAACAUGAGGGUGCAGCCGGCAGACUUCUCCUUUAAGGCUGUGCAGGAAGCCCCAGCAAAGGCGAACAUGAGGGAUAAGAUGAAAAUCAUACGCAAGACCCAGAAAUUGAACAAGUAUGCAGCCGUCCAGUUGGAGAGGUUGAUAGUAGUUUGGCUAACCUGGGCGUAUAGUAAACUCACUGACUGGGAUGAUGAUGAUGUUGGGCCUAGACAUUCAGGAAAGGCAGGGAAGGUUGUGGUGUUGAAACAUAUGUUUACACUGCAAGAGUUGGAGUGCAUCAACAUGUUUUUAACUUCCGGCUUUGUCUCACAGGAGGACCCAGCCGCCAUCCUCGACAUUAAAGAAGACAUACGCGAGGAAUGCUCAAAGCUGGGUGAAGUGACCAACGUGGUGCUCUACGACAAAGAAGAAUCAGGAAUUGCCACAGUCCGCUUCUCCGACCCCGAGUGUGCCCGGGCUUGUGUGCAGAUGAUGAACGGCCGCUUCUUUGGCGGCACCCAGGUCGAAGCAUACGUAGUUGAGGGUAAAGUCCGGUUUAAGAAGUCGGGCGCCAGUGCAGCUGCUGCCCUACAGGAUGACGGGGCCGGCUGGGAGGCGGAGGCCGGCAAAGACGACGAAGCUCAGCGACUGGAUAAGUUUGGUGCCUGGCUCGAGCGGGAGAAGGAGGCCACCAAGAAGGCAGUGGACAGCUAA